AUUUACGUCACGAGUUGAACGGAAGUGCGAUUGAAAUUGCGCACGUAUCUCCCACUUCGUACAUUGUUGCUAUUUAUCAAGGUCUACGGAUUGUUUUUGCACAUUAGCUUGGAAAUUGUAGACUAUUGACUUCCAACAGAUAAUACAAAUCUGUAUUUAGGGUUUUACAAGAUGGCCAGCUGCAGUUUUCAGUCGCAAUUGGUAUCGAUUAUGGAGGUAUUAGCUAAAGCCGCUGUAGCAGAAAUAAACAAUCGUGUAGAUGAUAGCUGUGCAGUUAUACGUUUGGAAAUUACCCAAAGCCAACGAGAUAUUGAUGUACUGAAAAGAAAGUGUCGAAUGAUGGAGAGCGAGCUGAAGAAGACACAAGGACGAGAUAGGAGAAAAGUUCUUUACCCCAUGUCAACAGAGAGAUUGUCAUAUCCUGUCAAGAUUGUUUUGAACAAGGAAAGGAGUAGCUCACAGUGGAGAGGCAGAGAGGACUCUCCGUGCCAGCCUACUGAUGUGGAGCAGAGAGUGGAGACUGAACCCAUACUGAUCAAAGAUGAGGAGACAGCAGAGGACGUGUGGAAGACUGACCCUCAGGAAGAGCUCAGGAUCACUGGAGAGGAAUCUGGUUCCAAGCCUGGGAAACCACCAUCCUUUGAGCAACAGCUCUGUGAUGAGGACUUCAUCACACAACCCAGCAUAUCUCCCAGAGACUCAGUGGAACAUUACCCCAAUUCUGAUCGUCCAGAGGAACCAGGAACACCCCGGCUAUCAUCUACAGAGGUGUUCAACACAGAGCAGCACCGGCCAGACGAGGACUCACUAGAACUUGUGAUGGUGAAAGAGGAGGAGCUGGAUCAGACCACAAACCUGGCAGGACCUGACCAGUUUGUCAUGGAUGAGUCUGAUGGGCAGUUGUGGACCUCUGUGGAUCCAGGCAGAGACACUAACCCUGAUGGCCACCCAGAUUUCUCCUUUCAUUCCACAGAAAAGUACUCUCAGAAUAUCUCAAUUUACCCAUCUCAUAGUGGACUGUCAUCUGUUCCUACUAUGACAGAUGAAGUAGGGCCAUCACUUCACUCUUCUAUAGGAAAACCACAUGCUAACAUGUUCAUUGCAGAAAAACACAGUAAAGGACAUGUCAGAACAUUGGCUGAUGAGACUAGACAACAGAUGCCAGAUGGACAGAGCAGUGAGAUGCUGAACUCAAAUAAUGAAGGAAAUAGUUUAGCUCUACAGUCAAGGCAGCAUCAGUACAGGGCUUCAGAAGCAACAGUGAGAUUGAGUGAGUGCAUGACAGGGUCAAACAUGGCCACCACCUCCACCUUCUCAGGAUAUAGCCUGAGUCGCAGUAGUUUUAACAUGGUGAAGAGAAUGAGGACUCAGUGGAGAUCAGGCGGCACCACCGAGAGGCGUUUCAGCUGCACCUUCUGUGGGAAGAGCUUCCCACGUUUCUGGCAGCUAAAAGAACACCUCCGGAGUCACACCGGAGAGAAACCGUACACCUGUGAACAGUGUGGCAGGAGUUUUACCAAGCAGUGCAACCUGAUCAGACAUGCUGUGGUCCACAGCGGAGAGAAGCCCUACAAGUGCACACAGUGUGGGAAAUGCUUCACUCAGCGCUCUGGUAUGAAGUCACAUCAGAGAACUCACAUAGGAGAGAGUCCAGUGUCUCAAUACGUGGCACCCGCAUACCCUGGGGAUCCACACACAGGUUUAAUGUUGCCUCAGAACAGAUGGAACAAAUAGUUCAUAGUUUUUCUGGAACUUUGUUUUGAGACAAUUUGACAAGCUUUUCCUCCUAAUUGAUUUGUGAAUUGGUUUUGAUGUUUGACUGUUGACGGCUCUUCACUUUUAUUUUAAACAACUAAUUUACAACUGGUAACAAUGUAUUUUGUACUACAAAACUGUAAAAAAAAACAUGGUAUUUUCAAUAAAAUGUAUUUAAUGAAAGAGUCAA